AUGAGCGGCAAGUAUGAAGGUUUACAAAGUUAUGUGAAAGAUAAAAAUAAUUUAGCUGUCUAUAUUCCAUGUACUGCCCACUCUUUUAAUUUAGUUGGUGUGUAUAGUGUAGAUUGUUGCAUUGAAGCUGUGAGUUUUUUUGGAUUUGUUCAAAUGUUAUACAAUUUUUUUAGUUGUUCUAUACAUUGUUGGAAAAUUUUAACAGAAAAAUUAGAAAAAAAUAGUAAAAAUCAACUAAGUGUAUUAAAGUCGUUAAGUAAUACACGAUGGUCUAGUCACUUUGAUGCUUGCAAUGCUUUGAUAAAAAAUUAUAAUACCAUUAUUAAUGUAUUGGAAUUCAUUUGCGAUAGUAAUAUUGAAAAUGGUGAUACUAGACGAGAUGCAAAAAUUUUAUUAAAAUCUAUAUUAAAAAAAGAAACCGGAUAUUUGGCUAUUUUAUGGAAUGAUAUAUUAGAACGGACCAAUAAAACAUCUGUUGAACUCCAAAGUAAAAUGAUUGAUCCAUUAAAAGCAUUUAACCUACUUAUAUCUUUGAAAAAUUAUGUGGCUAGUUUAAGAGAUUUGUAUAACACUUAUGAAAAUCAAACUACAAAACUAAGUUUAAAAUUAAAAAAACAUUUUAAAAAUGAAGAUAAUGAAAGACAAAUUAAAAGAAAGUGUACAAGUGGAUCUCAAAAUUCAACUCAGUUAAAAGGUAUUGACAAAUUUAGAGUAGAAACACAUAUCAUGAUUGUAAAUAAGUUUGUAACAGAAUUAGAUAAAAGGAUAACUGCAUAUAACUAUGUAUCUCAGCAUUUUUUAUUUAUCACUAAGUUAAAUAUCCAGCCAGAUAAUGAUAUUAACUUAAGCUUGGACAAUUUCAUUACUAUGUAUAAAGAUGACAUAGAACCUUCUAUAAAAAAUGAGUUGGUUCAAUUUAGAGAGUAUUGGAAUCUCAGUAAACCACCAUUUGAUGCUUCAAAUGUUAUUUAUUGUGCUACAUUUUUGGUGCCUAAUGGGGCCCAUUUUAACUAUUUGCCCCAGGGCCCAUUAUUCUAUAAAUCCGGGCCUGCGUACAAUUCGUUAACAUCCAUCAAACGUAUGUCAGAACAUUUUACAUGUAAUGGCUUGUUAAUUCGGUAA